AUGUCAUCAGAUAUAGAGAAACAACAAUAUAGUCUUAGUGAUGAUGAAGAAGAAGGAGAAUGGGAAAAUACAACUAUAAAACCACUUUUACAAGAUAAUAGUAAAGAAGAAACCAUACAUAAUAAUAAUAAUAAUAAUAAUAAUAAUAAUAAUAAUAAUAAUAAUAAUAAUAAUAAUAAUAAUAAUAAUAAUUUAAAAAUUUCAAAAACAACAAUAAUAAAAACAACCAAUGAUAACAAUGAUAACAAUGAUAAUAAUGAAAUAUUUUUAAACUUAAAUCCACAUAAUGAAAAUAUAAAUAAUAUAGUUUUAAAUAAUAGUAUGAAUCAUUCAUAUGAUAAAAAUAUAAUAUAUAAAACAGAAGGUCCAUUUAAUGAAAGGUAUCCGGUAUUAGUAGAGAACCUGGUAUCACCCAAUUUACCUUUAACAUUUUUCAGAGGUUUAUUAGUAAUCAUAUUAGUAGUUGUUUUCCUUCUUUUAACAACAGCAUAUUUUAUAGAGUAUAGAUUUUUGGACACUAACGAAAUUAAUGGUACUGACAAAAGAAACACUGUACAUUAUUUAUUUAUAAUAACAAGACCAUUGGUUUUGGUCCCAUUAUUAUUCAUCAUACCGCUGUAUGGUUUAAAUGACAAAAAAACAAGAAAAUAUAGUGUAUUCAUCGCAAUAGCAUUGGUUUUAAAUAUUAUUGGUGACUGUAUUUAUUCGAUUCAAAUUAACAUUCAAAGUACAAAUGGUAGUGAAGGAAGUAUUUCAAGUGAGGAUGAUCCUGGUAUAAGUGGCGAUAGUGGAAGUGGUGCUGUUGCUUUGGUAAUGUUAAUAGUAUUCUCAAAAUCAAUUGCACCCUAUAUGCAUAGAAAUAGUUUUAGUCCAUUACCAUCAAUCAAUGUAUUUUAUGAUAAAUCAGCAAUAUCAAUAUCAACACCAUCAUUGAUUGAUAGCAGUACCUCGAUAAAGCUAUUAGAACAGGAUAAUCACAUUGAUAAAUUAAAUAUAGAUUUUAGGUUAAAUGAUUUAAAUCGAAUAUAUAAUAGCAAUAAUGAUAAUACAGCAUCAUUAAAAUCAUCAUCAGCAGAUGCAUCAUCGACAUCAUCAGAAGAGUUAGAGGAUAUGGACCCAGUUCAUUUUACAUUAAUUUGCACAUAUGGAUUUAUUGAAGCUACAAUGGUAUGGAGAGCAUUAUCACUAACAAGUUCUUUUCCAGGUACCAACCCUUCUAGAAUAUUAUUAUGGUUUUGUGUUUUAGGAGCAACCACAUUUGGAAUAGUAGAUACAUUGUUGGUUAUUAACAGUUAUUAUCAUCCAAUUCAACCUAUAUUCUAUCUAUCGAACGCACUAAACUGGUUAGCAUCAUCACUCAUUGUAUUUUCAAUACCCAGACGUUUAGAAAUCAGAGACUACAUCUACAAAGUAUUUAGAUUAAAUAGAAGAAGCUUUAAAAUUAUUUCCAAUUCAAUGGCAUUUAAAAAUAGUAAAAAUAAACUAUCAAAAACAAAUAUAAACUCAUAA